AGAGAUAGUUUGAGAGAGACCGUGCUCGACCAAUCGCCGCUUUCCGUGGCUCCGUCGUCGAUGAGGCGGUUGUCGCGCAACGUAACCUCAGUCGCUUACGUGGAAACACGCUUGUCGGGCGACGUUGGUAGAAAAUCGAGCGAACGUAGCUUAUAUACCAAGCGGACACAGAUAUUUAUUGUACGACGCCGCGCGAAGAAACGCGCGAUUCCAUCGUUGCUUUCUCUCUCUUUCUCUUUCUGCCUCUGCGUGCGUGAUUACGUUCACAGCGUUUACGAAUCGCCUACGUGCGCGCGCGAGAGUACCCAGUGAGCACAGAAAAGAAUCACGGUGUAAUCCACGACGAAAGACACGCACGCGAGAAACAACGGAGAGUCACGUUGAUACCUCUUAUUGUCAAGCAGAGAAGAACAGGGAGCGGAGUACGUGCUCUGCGUGCGAGAAGGAGAAAAAGAGAGGAGAGGCGCGCCGAACCGUUCAGUUGGAGAAAGGAGCUUCUCCGUGAAAAUCUCGCGCUCCCCUCCGACACACUACACAAGGUGUCGAAGGCACGUUGCCGCGUGUGUUCGACCGAAUUUCGCGGCCCCGUGAGAGCGAGCGAGACGGACGUGGUGCAAAAGGAAGAAGGAGAGAGAGGAGAGGAAAAAAAGAGAGGUAGACGCGUAAGAGAUAUAUAGGCGCAAUCAAAGGCGAUAGACAAGGACAUCGCGGUAGCGAGGAGGACACGGAACGGACGUGGAAGGGAGAGCGGAAUAAGCGGCGAUCAAGUGGGAGAGAUACGGACUCCGUGGAAGCGAGAGGGUGAGCGAGAGAGAGAAAGGACGAAACGGAGCCGUCGGAGCGGAGCGAGAGAAACGGAUAGCGACUCAGUGGAGAAAGCGUGACAGGCGUAUUCCCAAUAGAGCGAAAGAGGUGAGUGGGGGACGCACGGGAGUGUUUCCCAGGUGCGCGAGAGAGACGGAGACAAGGAGCGCUUUGGAGAGGGAGCGAGGCGCAGUCGGGUUAGAGUGGGGAUAGAGGCGCAACCCGAGUAGUGCUGCCGCCUAUUGACAACGUCGCGUCGGCUCCCCACCCGGGCCAGUGUCGAGCGAGGUCCGACGGAGAGUUCUUACGACAGUGUGAUUUUCUCUCGUGUAGUCGCACAGUGUUCAGGAGAACUGUUUCGUUCUGAAUACGUUCGAGAUACAUUUUAUCCAUUCGUACUCUUUUUAAACGUAAGUCAAACGAAGAGAGGAAGAAAGAGAAAGAGAGAAAAGGAGCAGACGACUCCUCCCUCGAAAAGAAAAAGAAACGUACAGUGACAGUUAUCUUUUUAUUCAACGUUUUCAUUAAAAUUCCACGUCCGUGUAAACGCAGGCUACGAAUCUUUCCAUUCGCGAGAGAAUCGAGAGAGCCGUAACGUCUCUGUACGCGGCUCUCCCACCACCGUCAUCGAUUUCCCACGCGACGCGCUUACUCGCGCCGCACUGGUGAGGGAAUUCGCGAGGGUGAAGUAGGAUUCCUCGGCAAAGAGCAGACGAGACGCGGCAACGCCGCCCGUGACAACGGCGGCGGCGGCGGUGGUAACAGCGAGAGAACAGCGAGCAGCGGCGGCGGCAUCAGCAACGGGAACGGCCGACGCGAUUUACGGAGCAACGGCAGUAGGCGGCGCUGGUGCUGCGCCCCGACGGCCGUCGAUCGAAGCCCGCGUUAUCGCAAUGGCUUCCGUGAAAGACACAGCGACUUUCUUCGCGGAGGGCACCGCGACGCAGUUCGAUCACGUUCUCAAACUUUAUCCGCAGGCGCUGCGCCUCAAGGCCGAUCACAAGUCGAAAAAACCCGAGGAGCUGAUCAAGCUAGACAAUUGGUAUCAGAAUGAGCUUCCGAAGAAGAUCAAGGCACGCGGCAAGGACGCGCAUCUCAAUCACGAGGAACUGGUGCAGACGAUGAAAUGGAAGCAAAUACGUGGCAAGUUCUACCCACAGCUGUCCUACCUGGUGAAGGUGAACACACCGCGCGCCGUGAUGGCAGAAACAAAGAAGGCGUUCAAGAAGCUGCCGAAUCUCGAGCAAGCGAUCACGGCGCUAUCGAAUCUGAAGGGCGUCGGUACCACGAUGGCAUCGGCCCUGCUCGCCGCGGCGUCGCCGGAGAACGCGCCUUUCAUGGCGGACGAGUGCCUGAUGGCGAUACCGGAGAUCGAGGGUAUCGAUUACACCACUAAGGAAUACUUAAACUUUGUCCAGCACAUUCAGAACACCGUCGAGAGGCUGAACAAACAGACGUCAAAUGGCAAGACAUGGAGCCCACAUAGAGUCGAACUGGCGUUGUGGACACAUUAUGUGGCGUCCGAGCUGAAGCCGGAACUGCUCGACGGUAUUCCGGGCUCGACAGAGAAUGGCAACUCGCACAGUGCCAGCAACGGCGAGGCGACAGAGCCGUCGGAUGACAGUAAUCAAGAAACGGUGGCGAAUGGCAAAGACACGCCGGCGGCACUUGAUCCGGCGGCGAUUGAUGAGAACAGCACGACGACAUCCUUUACCGAGGACUCGAUGGACAAACCGGCGACACCAAUUACCGCCAGCGAUCAUCCCGUCGUGGGCGCCAGCGAGGAUACGAAUGAUUCUCUCAUUACCAACGACAGCAGCAACAACGCAACGCCACGACCUACCGAUAGCGAGGACACCGAAGAGGACUCGCAGGACGCGCAGGAGCCGCCCACCAAGAAGAGCAAGAAGUGACCCGAUCGGCUCGGUGACGCGACGAG